UGUGUGUGAGAGAGAGAGAGAGAGAGGUGAAAGCGAGAGUGAGGAAGAGCGGAACACAAACACUCGCGCGUUUCCUGCGCGCACACACACACACACACACGCGCUCCGGUCACCGGAACCGGCUCGGUUUGGAUUUUUCGCCCGAUGAUGAUGAUGAUGGUGAAGAUGAUGAAGUUUCUCGGCACUGUGUGAAUGUGUGUGAUCUGGACGCGGUUCCUGGAGGAGGAUGAGCUCAUGAACUGACUGACACCAGACAUCCAGGGUGUUGUGAGGAGUGAUGCCCCGCUCGGCCCGAUCAUCAGUGUGUUAGACGUCACAGACAGGCGUGUGUGUGUGUGUGUGUGUGUGUCAGCAUGGCAGCAUGGCUCUGACCGACAAACACAAAGUCAAGAGACAACGACUGGACCGAAUCUGUGAAGGUAUCAGGCCUCAGAUCAUCAACGGGCCGAUGCAUCCCCGUCCUCUGGUGGCUCUGCUGGACGGCCGGGACUGUACGGUGGAGAUGCCCAUCCUCAAAGAUCUGGCAACCGUGGCCUUCUGUGACGCACAGUCCACACAGGAGAUCCACGAGAAGGUCCUGAACGAGGCCAUCGGCGCUCUGAUGUAUCACACCAUCACUCUGACUCGAGAAGAUCUGGAGAAGUUCAAAGCGCUCAGGAUCAUCAUCCGCAUCGGCAGCGGAUACGACAACAUCGACAUCAAAGCGGCCGGAGAGCUAGGGAUCGCGGUGUGUAACAUCCCGUCGGCGGCGGUGGAGGAGACGGCCGACUCGACGCUGUGUCACGUGUUGAAUCUGUACCGCAGGAACACGUGGCUGUAUCAGGCGCUGCGGGAGGGCACGCGUGUUCAGAGCGUGGAGCAGAUUCGUGAAGUGGCGUCCGGAGCGGCGCGCAUCCGUGGAGAAACACUCGGACUCAUCGGCUUCGGUCGUUCAGGGCAGGCCGUCGCCGUCAGGGCCAAAGUGUUCGGCUUUAACGUGAUCUUCUACGACCCGUACCUGCAGGACGGCCUGGAGCGCUCCCUGGGCGUCCAGCGUGUUUACACACUGCAGGACCUGCUUUAUCAGAGCGACUGCGUCUCGCUGCACUGCAACCUGAACGAACACAACCAUCACCUCAUCAACGACUUCACCAUCAAACAGGUCUUCUUCAGCACACACAAAAUUCUGGCUCAAGCGUUAAAGGAGGGCCGGAUACGAGGAGCUGCUCUCGAUGUUCACGAGACCGAACCCUUCAGCUUUGCGCAGGGUCCUCUGAAAGACGCUCCUAACCUGAUCUGUACGCCGCACACAGCCUGGUACAGCGAGCAGGCGUCUCUGGAGAUGAGAGAAGCAGCUGCUACAGAGAUCCGGAGAGCCAUCACAGGCCGGAUUCCUGACAGUCUGAGGAACUGUGUCAAUAAGGAGUUCUUCGUCUCAUCGGGUUCCUGGGCUCUGAUGGAGCAGCAGGUUCACCCCGAGCUCAACGGCGCCGCCUACAGGUUCCCGUCAGGUCCGGCCGGAGCGGCAGCGGGUCUGGAGGGUCUGGUUCCGGUGACCCAUUCACUGACCGCCGUAAACCGGUCUUCCCAGACGCCGUCCCCAAAGCAGCCGUCCAAACACGGAGAGAGCAGAGAGCAUCUGAGCGAGCAAUAACAUCGGCAUCGUUUCAACCAAUCAGGCAACAGCGACGGCCGAAGCCACGCCCCCCUGACAGCUCAGCGCUCUGCUCCGAUUGGCCGGGGCCCUCAGACUUCAGCCAAGGAGUGAAACACCGAACGAAAUCUCUUUCUCGUGUGUUUUGUUUGACUGUGAUCUCUGCAGUUUCUCUCUCGUACCAGCAGAUGUUUUCUCUUCGGCGAGGUUUUGGUUCUUGGCUUCACUUCACUGUACGACUCAGGAAAAUCAUUUCCCCCACCGUUCCUGUUAGUGUUUUUAUACGGCGAGGCGUCUGGAGACCAGUAGGUGUGUGUGCUUUAGAUGAGUGUCAUUAAAAAGCCUCUCUCGUUGGGUUUGUUCUUCUGAAGGUGUUUGUUUGUCAGAAAGCGGGAGGUCGUUUGAUUUAUUGUGAUUAUUUGUAUUUGUUUCUUGUACACGGUGAACUUUUAGCAUCAGUGCAGAUCAAAUAAAACAUGCAGGUUCAGAA